CCGAGAUCAAGUUUUUCAGAAAAAGAUUGUUUUAGAUCCCGGGAGAUCUCUGAACCGUUAACGGUAACGUCGUCUCCUCCGUUCUCUCCCUAAAAUCUCACUGUCAAUUACAACUAGCAAACAAACACCCUCUCCUCUUAACGUCGUUGUAGUUAACGUCAUAAGUUUCACCGUGUCCCAAUCCCUCCUCGCCAUUCACCUCCCAUCAUCUCCUCUCUCUCACCCUCCUGAAAGCUGAAACUCUCUUUCGCUACAAAUCUUCCAUAACCCUAAAUACCAAACAUUCCCUUAACCUCAUUUCUCGCAAAAUCCCCACAUUUUUAUGCCAAAUUGUCACGCUUCUUCAUUCCCCAAUUCCUCCCUUAUCCUUCACUUUCUUUCCUCCCUGAAAAUUUCACCUUCAAUGUAUUCUUCUCCGUUUGUCCUCACCUUUUCCCUUCUCCUUUCUCUCCCUAUUCUAUUCCUCCUAGCCCCAAGAAUCCUUCCUCCCCGCCUUUCCCCCAUCUCCCCUUCCGAUGAGCAGGAUGAUCUUGCCCUUUUCCGCCGGGCAGCAGCCGCCGCCUCCUCCCACCCUUCCUCAUUCUCUCACCUCUCCUCCUCCAAACACUCCAAGCUCAAGAUCGCCUUCCUUUUCCUCACCAACACCGAUCUCUACUUCGCUCCUUUGUGGGAAAAGUUCUUUAAAUCGAAUGAAGAUCUCUACAAUAUCUAUGUCCAUGCCGAUCCCUCUGUAAAUAUCACUCGCCCAGAUGGUGUUUUCAAAAACCAGUUCAUUCAACAUGCCAAACGUACCUACCGUGCGUCUCCCACUUUGGUCUCCGCCAUGCGCCGCCUCUUGGCCACCGCUAUACUUGAUGAUCCCGCCAACGCUUACUUCGCUGUCCUUUCCCAGUUCUGUAUCCCACUCCAUUCGUUUAGCUAUGUCUAUAACUCUCUUAUCUCUUCCAAAUCUUUUGAUCUGACGUCUGCAGACUCUGAGUCCACUCAGUACGGAGUUCGAGUUCAAUACAAGAGUUUCAUUGAGAUUAACUCCAAAGAACCUCGUCUUUGGAAGCGUUACGUUGCCAGGGGGAGAUAUUCCUUGAUGCCAGAAGUACCCUUUGAGAAAUUCAGAGUUGGGUCUCAGUUUUUUGUGUUAACGCGCCGGCACGCGGUCAUGGUGGUCAAGGAUCAGAGUCUAUGGAAGAAAUUUAAGCAGCCCUGUUAUAGGGCCGAUGAAUGCUACCCGGAAGAGCAUUAUUUUCCUACUCUCCUAUCAAUGUCAGAUCCUAAAGGCUGCACUCACUACACACUAACAAGGGUCAAUUGGACGGGCACCACCAACGGCCACCCGUACACUUACCGGCCGGUUGAAAUAUCACCUGUUCUGAUUCACGAGUUAAGGAAAUCGAAUUACUCCAGUUCUUAUUUAUUCUCGAGGAAAUUCUCGCCGGAUUGUUUGAAACCAUUGAUGAAAAUCGCCAAUAAGGUCAUCUUCCAGGACUGAAAAAGUUAUCCUGGUGAAAUAAAGAGUUCUAAAUAUGAUGAUGGUUUGGACAAUGGAAAACUGUUGCAAGUUUUGGUUAGGGGGUAAAUGUUUUUGAAGAGACUUAAAAGUAAAGCACAUGCAUUAACCCCCAGAGGAACCAACUCUCAGAGAAGGUCCUUUUUCUGAAGGCAAAGAGAAAAGGAUCAGAAAAUAGAUACAAGCGGGAAAUCAAAGCAGGACCUUUGCUGAAGGGUGUGUUUUGAUGGUGUAAGAAAGGUCAAAAAAGGGUCAAUAGGAGUUUUUAUGUCUAUGUUUUUGUUGUAUAUAUGUGAAUGAAAUGAUGAAAUGUGAAUGGGAGAUCUCUACAUUGUACUUUCUUAGGUUGUUGAGGGAAAGCAAAGCAAAUGCAAAAAAAGCAAAUGCAAAUGCAAAUUUGAGGGAGAUAAUAGUGAUGGGCUCUCAUUAAAGAAGUUGGCCUUUUUUUCCUUUCUAAAA